AUGACUUCUUCACAUCCAGCUUCUGGAAAUCAAGGAAUCACGUCCUUUUUCCAGAUGACAAAGCCUAGGAAUUCAGAUCAAUCUAGUUGCACAGAAAGCGAGGCUAUUUUGAAAGAUCAAGCAAAGGAUAAUGAGGAGGUGGGCAAUCAAUUGAUAGAAGAUAGUGGUGAAUCUGACAUGGAGAAACAAUCUGAUAAAAUAAGUAAUGAGGUGACUCCAAAUUCGGAUAGCAACCAAAUUUCUAAUACGGCAAGGAGUAUUGGGCCUGAUGUUCAAGUACGGGCAGUUGAACAAGAAACCCAAUCCCUAGAAAACGGUCACCUAAAGCAGGAAAUACAAACAGACAACAAACCUGAACCCACUGAGGAGAUGAAGAUUGACGAGAUCAAAAUUGAAGAGAGCGCGCCAGGAGAAUCUGAUACUGCAGCGGCAAAGAAGCUACGUUUGCGAAAGGAAAAAGAGGAGGCCAAGCGACUACGCGAUAUGGAAAAGCAGGAACUCAAGCGUCAAAGAGAAAUCAAAAAGGAGCAAGAGCGUCACGACCGUGAAGUAAAGAAAGAGAGAGAUAGAAAGAAAAAAGAGGAACAGAAAAGAGAACGUGAAAGAAAACGGGAGGAAGAAAAGCGGCAACGUGAACUUAAAAAAGAACAAGAUAGGCGUGUACGCGAGCAGAAGAGAGAGGAAGAGAAGCGUAAGAAGUUAGAGGAAAAGCUAAAGAAGGAGGCAGAAAAGAAGUUAGAAGAGAAACAGAAACGUAACAAAGAGCUGGCGAAAGAUAGAGCGCAGCUUAGAAUAGGGAAUUUUUUCAAGAAGAGCAAUGCCUCCAAGAGUGUAAACGCCUCGAAAACAGAUUUCGAGAAGUGCUUCCUGCCCUUUUAUGUCAAAGCAGGCGUGGAACUUUUCGGAAAUUUUAAAUUGGACACUAGUGAGCUAUCCCAACAUAAAUCCAAGAUUGACGAACAAAUUAAGAUCAAAGACAAAAGUCAGGUAUGUUCUUGGAUUGUUUCCCAACAACACACCUACGGUUGCCCUGUUCAACAGACCGCUGUUGGUUUAAUGCAGCUUAUGACGAGUAAAGAAAAAACUGAUGACGAACUUAACAGCAUGCUGCGACAAAUACCCCACAAAUACAUAAAAUUCUACGAAAAUGUCAGACCUCCAUAUAUGGGCACUUAUUCUAAGCAUGCUGUUCUUCCUCGGGACAAUCCUUUCACCACAGAGGGGACGGGUUUCAACUACGAAUAUGACUCUGACUGGGACUGGGUCAACGAAGAAGAAGAAGAAGGCGGAGGCAUUGAGGAUCUGGAUGAUGGGGAAGAAGAGGAGGAAGACGAGGAGCAGGACGAGGCUAGUGAAGGUGAGUUUGAUGAGUUUUUAGACAAAGAAGAAUCACCGAACCCUCGUGGUAGUAAGAAACUCUUGGGUCCCCUGAUACCAACAAUAAAAUUAAGAAGCGAAUUAGAUAAUUUAGAUGAUGAGGAUCGCAAUUAUUUUAAACUUACAGCGGUCGAAUAUCUCAUCGAAGAACAACCAUUCCCCAUUUGUCCAAAUUUCGAACCUAAAGCUAAAAAACGACCUAUCACCGAUGGGGAUGUUUCUGCUGAGAACACCGAUGACUUGAAUGCCGCACUUAACCCUCAGAAAAAGAAGCCAAAAACUCUCAUGACUGAUGUCAGUGAUUUAUUAAGGCUUUUUGACGAGGUUCACGAGAGUACCUUCUCCCUAGGUACGAUAAGCGAGAUCGCCCAGAAGCAUUUACCUCAUUACAGUAAGGAAAUAAUAAAAAAUACUGUAAAAGAGUUCGCAUCGAGGUCAACGGGCAAGGGGAAUACUGCCCGUAAAUGGAUGAUCAAGGACCAAAGUCAUUGGGACGCACUGAAGCAAAAUAAGUGA